AUGAUUAAAUCACUGCCUCGCUCAUCUCUUACAUUAUGAACUCAUUUUUCAAUGUUAUUAAAGCUAGAAAGUAGAGAAAUAUCGAAAAUAAUGAUAGCUGCAUCACAAUCUCUAAUAUAUUCAGGGAUUUCAGGUCUGAGUAGUUGAUCAGAUGAUGUGUCUAAUAAUCGUAAAGAAAAUUUUUUACCAUUAAUUGGCAUUGUUUUAAAUAGAAUAUCAGGGCCAAAAUGACUCUUAGGAACUUGCCCAAAUUCUUUAUAUACAUAUUGAUAA